AGGUGCCGUCGGAUCAUUAGGUAUUCGUUCACCAGUUCUAUUGCCAUUCUAGUCUUCUUAGACUCAUUUUAUGAUCUACACGAGAAGAAAAAGAAGAACAGGCUGUAGGUUUUUUCUUAUUGUUCAAUAAAACUUAAUAUCGCGGUAUUGCUUGAGAUCGAUUCCUUGUUCUUUCUUCUAGUUCAUCUCUCCGUACUAUUUCCUCAAGCAUCAUUGUUCCCUGUAGUUUUUGGAAUUGGAUAAUAGACGACUCCUACAUAGUUAGUCUGAAUCAAAUCCUGCAUGUCCCUAGUGAAAUAGCUCGCACCUCCGUUGUUGUGAAAAAUGGGUAAGCAUUCGAAGAAGACGAAGCUUACGAAAAGCGAGAAACGGGAGAAAAUACAAGCAGAAACGGAACAGAAAGUAGUCGAACUUGCAGAAUUAGAGCAGAGGCUUGCUGGUCUGCAUAUGCAACAUCAGAAGGUGCAAGCAAGAAUCCAGCGAUAUGAGAGGUAUCUAUGUAUAUUAACCAAGAGGUUUAGCAAGGGGGUGGAAGUCAAUUUCUUGUACUAUUCGUGUUGAGCUAGAGUUGAAGGACGAUGCACAAUCCAACCAAGAUCCUGAGGUUGUUUUUUUUACUGUGUUUUUGUUGUAGGUGGAGUAUUGCUAUUGCACAAACUCGAUCGACCGCAUCAAUCUUCCUUUACACCAUCUACUCCUAAGGAACAAGCGUGGAGCGAUUCUGGCGGCUGCAAAUUUGCGGACGUUAGAGGAAGAGCAACCGCCUCUGUACAUGCACUUGGGACGUGCUUUCGUGCUGAGUGACUUCCACCAAAUUGAGAAGGAUCUUGAGCAGAAGAUCAAGGAAGCUAAUGAAAAUCUGCCGCAACUUAUGAAGAAAACAAACACACUCACACUCACAUUCAGAGCGAGGCACUUUUUCUCGUUGAAAAUGUGCACAAUUGUGAGUAUGAGAGUAUUUCUUUCUUUCAUACAAAUCGAAAACAUCAAAACGCAGUUUGAAACCAGGUUACAGGCAGAGUCGCAAAACAUGCUCCAACUACGCAAGGAUUUCAUGAGGUUGGGGAUUCGAGCUUAGUGCUAGUUGAAGUUCUGGACUAUGUUGAUUGGUGAGGAGUGUCUGACCGGGAGGAGGAGGUGGGCGUCAGCGGGCCGAUCAACAUUCUUGAAACAGGAAAGAUGCUGCGCUGCUCCUGUACAACAUCAUACCCAUGGGCGUGCCGUCCAUCUUACGCGAACAAGUACUGUCAUCGGAGUCUGAACUUUUUUUUUUUUGCGAAACAAGCGACCUCCACACACCCACACUACCCCCCGACAUCAAUGAGGCAUAAGACCUCUACAACUGAAUGAGAAUCCCUCAAGGAAGACUCAGACUCUGCUCAAGAAAAAUUUCUGUCGCUCUUCUUGGUUUUUUGUUAUUUUUGAACUGCUACAGGAACCGAGGGAACGUGUCC